AUGAAUACCCUUGUCCCGGGACUAUUUCUUCUCUUAUGAACGGGUGGAGAAGAAGUAAUACGAAGAAGUCUUCUCUUAUGAACGGAUGGGGCGCUGUUCAGUUCGCCGUAAGGUGCCGCCGCGCUGACCAGGAUGAGUGAAUGAGUCGAGUAGUAGACUCAGAUAUAGCGAGUCGAUCCAGGUAUAGCUUAGUCUCUGAUCCAGUUCCCCUGUUCUGCACGACAAUCAUUCCAUGAUCUUAAUAUCUCUUCUUCAUCCUCACACUGGGUCCUGGGUGAUUCAAAGACCGAAUCAAGCAUCACGACUGGCGCCACAAAAAAUCCGACGAAGCAAGCAAAAGUUGUAAUUCUUAUUUUGAUAGCAGAGUAGUUUAUAGCACGCAUGGUGCAUGGAGUAGAAUGGAGCGCAUGGAGCACCUGCAGCCUGCCCACGCAUGGAGUGCAUGGAGUGCGUCGCCGGCGUGUUGUAACGGACGGGCACGAGUGGAGCAUGCCCCGUCGGAGUUGGUUCUGAUGGGCUAGACGCCCGGGGGGGCGCUUGGUGAUGUGUCGGGGGGUGACGUUACUGGCGGCGCUGCAGUUGGUUUGUGGGGGGCCCUGAGCUAAGGGAACCAGCUUGCAUAUUUUGAUAGCAGAGUAGUUUGUGCCAGUCCUUGAAUGACAAAGAUAUAAUUUUUUUUACUGUCAAAAUUUAUACCACGACAUUCGUUGUCAACUACUUAUAUAUGAAUAUUGAUAAUAUUAUGAACGGAUCCUAAUGUAAACGUGGCAACUAUAGUUCUUUUCUAAAUAAUUGGAUUACUUGAUUCUUGUGAAUUUUUGUUUCCGAGUUAGGUGUGCUCCACCGAUAAUAUUGAUGAUAUUAUACAAUGAAUAUGAAAUCAUUUUCACCUCUCCCACAUGAUCCACUUCGUCUCAACUUCACGUCCACGACCACCACUUCUUGAUAAAAACAUCAGCCUGCCCUUCCCUCAAGUGCAUCUUACAAAUAUCAGCCCGCUCUUGCCUCAAGUGCAUCGGACGGAGAUUUGUGGGCCAAGGGAGUACAGCACUCUUACCGUUCUGCGCUACGAGGCGAAUGGAACUACGUGCCGAAAACAUUAACCCAGAUCGACUCUCAAGAAUAUUUGACAUUUAUGGAUGAGGCAAGCAUCAUGCAACGAACUAGAACGCAGUCACAACCUCCUGUUGUUAGAUUCUAACCUAUGGAAUUCUCAAACGGGUCGAGACAACCGACUCGGCGAUGAGGAAGCAGGAACGCCAGAGGCAGAAAUAGAGCCAAGUAAGCCAGCGGAACCCCCUGCAACUUCAGCUGGAGGAGGAUCAUCGAAAGUUAAGAAGGAAAGUUGUAACUGAGUGAAACAUCUCGAGGUCGAUUUGCGAUAGAAGUUCCGUCUUUCAUAAUAACUCAGUCAAAAAAAAAGGACGAAUUUUCUAUACGUUUUUUGGUCUAUCUUCACUUAAUCGACAAACAAUCUAUUAUCUUGAUGUCGGAUGAUUGACCCAGACCAAGAAGAUUAAUCUAAAAAAUUCUUCCACUUGUUCUCCUGUUCCUAUUCGCCAUGAUCUCCUCAUCAUCAUCAUCAUCAUCAUCAUCAUCAUCGUCGUCAUGUCUAAUGUACCCGCAUCGUCCGCCAAAGCGAAGAAGAACCAGACUGGAGGCGAGCAAAUGCUUGAGGAGUCUGCUAGUGUACCGAAUCUUACAUCUAAACGUUGGGGACAUGAGGCGAUGCUACGUUUUUCACUCUAUUCCGUAGCGAGAGCGCGUAAACAGGAAGCCGAACGAGUCGAGCAGGACACGGCCACUCUGGAAAAGGCGCUUACGAAUUUGAUAUGAUCAUAGUGAGGAGGCAGGUCAAACUGUGGACGGUGAAUUAAAUCCUAUCCUAUCAUAGUGAAUAAUACCGGCGUUAUUCAGUCAGUUAAACCACGAGAAGCAAAGUGAGUCAAAUUUCAACGGAACUUCCGUUACGGAAGAUUUAUCUGUUACCCAAGGAGCACACCAUGAUCGUUUCCAUUUGACACGUUUCCAUUGAUUUGACACCGUUGCCAUCGGAAAGAAGCGAAGCUGAUGAAAUUAAAUCAAAUUAUAUGUAGAGGACGGACGACGGACAAGAAAGAAAAACCGUGCAGAGAUUGUACUUUAGCAGCGUUCUAAACAGAAACACCAAAAUUGUGGUUUUUAUGAAAAUACACUUGAAGAUAUCGCGUGCUACUAACGAAGCAAAAGCUGACUCGAUGUAUGAUAGAUAUAAGUAAUCAUUCUCGUUUCUUUUAUUUCAAUUUACCCGAACCGGUGCCGUAGUUGCGAACACAACUUGCAUAGAGAAAAGUAUCAGCUAUGGUAUAUAUGCCGGAUCGGACGUAGACCUAGACGUAGAGUUUGCUUGCUGUAUCUGUGAUUUUUCCUUAACUUUCACCAUAACGACGACCUUGUCUAAUGCUUUUUGUCACCUAUUCUGAAUGUUGACCAAAUGGUCCCAUCAAGUUCAGCUGAGCUACACUCUUACGGUGAUGCUUUUUUUUAUAACG